UACUGUGUUUUUUCUCUUUCUGUAGAUCCUCAUUUGGAAUCUUGAGAUUGGAGAGCCGGUGAAAAUGAUUGACUGUCACACAGACGUGAUCCUCUGUAUGUCAUUUAACACAGAGGGCAGCCUACUGGCCACCAGCUGCAAGGACAAGAAGCUCCGCGUCAUCGAGCCCCGCUCUGGCAAGGUGCUACAGGAGGCGAACUUUAAAAACCACAAAGUGAACCGUGUUGUGUUCCUAGGCAACAUGAAACGACUCCUAACGACAGGUGUGUCUCGCUGGAACACACGCCAGAUUGCUCUCUGGGACCAGGAGGAUCUGUCCAUGCCAAUCAUUGAGGAGGAGAUUGAUGGCCUUUCAGGAUUGCUUUUCCCUUUCUAUGAUGCAGACACACAUAUGCUCUACUUAGCAGGAAAGGUACAUAUUACUCCAUCCUGUUAA